CCUUCCUAUUUAACAAGCUAGCCAGCCCACGCUCUUUGCACCUCAGCAAGGGAAGCACCACUACACACGCUAGAAAAGGCGAUGGCUACGACGACGACACUCCUCCUCGCCGCCGCGGCUCUCUUGGUGGCCUCCUGCAGCGCGUGGGAGGUCAACAUCCGCAUGCCGACCUCGCUGGACGAGGCCGUGGUGGCGCCGCUGAUCCAUGCGCUGCGGCCGCUGCUGGGCUCCGGCAAGCACGCCGGAGUGGCGUGCGACAGCUGGGUGCUGGGCGUGGAGGCGCACAACGUGCGGGACUGGAAGACGGUGCCCGCCAGCUGCGAGGGCUACGUCGGCCACUACAUGCUCGGCAGCCACUACCGCCGGGACUCCAAGGUCGUCGUCGACCAGGCCAUCGCCUACGUCGACUCCCUCAAGCUCGCCGGCAACGGCAAGGAGGCGUGGGUCUUCGACAUUGACGAGACAACCCUCUCCAACCUCCCCUACUACGCCAAGCACGGCUUCGGAGCUACACCGUUCAACGCGACGAGCUUCGACGCAUAUGUGCGGGAGGGGAGCGCGCCGUCACUGCCGGAGACGAAGAGGCUGUACAACAAGCUACUCUCGGUCGGUGUCAAGCCGGUGUUCCUCACCGGCCGGACCGAGGACAAAAGGGCCAUCACCGUCACCAACCUCCGCCGCCAGGGCAUCUCCGGGUGGAUGAACCUGCUGCUGAAGCAGCCCGGCUUCAAGGGCUCUGCAGUGACCUACAAGUCCGGCGAGAGGCAGAAGCUGCGGGAUGCCGGGUACGUCAUCAUCGGUAACAUCGGCGACCAAUGGAGCGACAUCCUUGGCGUGCUUGAGGGCGCCCGCACUUUCAAGCUGCCCGACCCCAUGUACUACAUCGGCUAGGCCACUCCGGCUUGGGCAUGCCGCCAUUGAGUUCUCGAAUAAGCUGGACGCUCUUAGUUAUAUGCAUGUUUAGUCAAUAAUCCCUCCCCAGUUGUUGCUUGGUUCAUUUCCAUUGUUGAGAACUUGAGAUUAAUUGCCAUUAUAGGAUGUGUUCAUGGAGAAGUUGCAUGUUGCUUAAUCUAUGGAUCCACGGUCCACUAUUUUUCUUCUUGCGAGAAAUUCAUGGGCUAUUCUUGUUUGA